AUCCAGCAAGGACAGUCACAGCUAGACUCAGAGAAACUCAGGCGUCGCAGCUACCGGCAAAACAGAAAAGAAGGGAGCUCAUCAUACAGCAUGGCGGUUGCGCCGGUGGGGGACUGCUCACGUCAACGGACAUAGGCUGCCGUGGCAUGCAGUGCAAGCAAGAAGGGGGAAAGCCAUUUUUGCGCUGCGUGCUUCUCAGGGAAGAUGUUGGGGACUCGUUGUUUCCCGAGCUUGAAGAUGAAGCCUCUUGGGCUUGACAGGAUAGUUGCAUGACCAGUGGCGGAUGCCUUCUUGAGCGCAUCUUCAUAAAGCAUAAUCUACCGAGGUCGUAGGGUUACCCUGUGCGAGUGUAGCAAUAGGAACCACGAGUGUAGCAAUAGGAACCAGCAACCAUGGAUGUGAGGAGUGGGCCAGGGUCCGCUCCAGAUACCAACUCCCCUCUGCUAGGGACCUCGUCUAGUCAAGGAGCUCCUCAAACCAAUCCUCCAAACCGGACAAGCCCCAGGAGAACCAUCCAGGCAGCUUCGUAUUUCAGGCGAGCAGGCAGCAGCCGGUUGAUGAGAGAGCAGUCACUCCAAGUUAGGGAAUCGGCAGCUGAGCAACUGGAGGAGAGGCAGUCUGAUUGGGCAUACUCACGGCCGGUAGUCGUCCUUGAUCUGGUGUGGAACCUCGCCUUCGUAAUAGUAGCUGCUGUUAUCUUGUUUCUGAGCAAGGAUGAAAAGCCAAAGAGCAACCUGCGGUUGUGGAUAGCCGGGUACGCAGCACAGUGCCUCGUGCACAUGGUCUGUGUGUUUGCUGAAUUUAAGAGGAGGCGGCGGAGAGCAGGGGCAAGGAGGACAGCGUCUGGCACGGUAGUCACAACAACAGGUUUUGAUUCAAGACGGGUUGCUGUCAGAACAGAGACAGAAGGGGGCGAGCCAAUAGAACCUGCAAGCCUCGCAAAGCGACUGGAGUCUGCCAACACAAUGUUCUCUUUUGCAUGGUGGAUUGUUGGGUUCUACUGGAUUACUGCAGGCGGCCAAAAGCUUGCACACAAUGCUCCUUGCCUUUACUGGCUCUCCGUCGUGUUCCUCGCCUUCGACGUCUUCUUUGUGGUCUUCUGCGUCGCGCUGGCCUGUGUGAUCGGCAUUGCCGUCUGCUGCUGUCUGCCGUGCAUCAUUGCCAUCCUGUAUGCUGUGGCGGACCAGGAGGGGGCCUCGGAAGACGAUAUCCGAGCCCUUCCUCUGUUCAAGUUCCGCGUGUUCGGAGGGGACAAGGAAGGGGCGAGUGAGGGGGGAGUGCUGACCCCGCAGAACGGAGGGGAAGAGCGCAAAGUGUCUGCCGACAAUGCGGAGUGUUGCAUAUGCCUUUCUCCAUACGAAGAUGGUGCUGAGCUUAGGGAGCUGCCAUGCACUCAUCAUUUCCAUUCCCCUUGCAUCGACAAGUGGCUCAAGAUAAAUGCUACCUGUCCGCUUUGCAAGUACAACAUUGUAAAUGGAGCACCAGACGCUCCCGACGACACUGUAUAGGGGUCAUGAGGAUUCCUCUUUGGCUGGGAGCAUGCAAACGACUUCCUCUCGAGAUGGACCUACGCAGUUGUAGCAUAAUCAUAAGCAGAAAGAAUAAAUUGUUUUGAACACCUGCGAGGGAAUCGGUAGGUAGCCUGAUUGUAGAGAAGUCCUGCAUAGCCUGUUAGCAAGAGCAUCUUGAAUCCACUUUUUGUACAUUAGGACCGUCUUUGACUUGAUUCUUUCUAAGGGCUUUCUUUGGAAUGUGGAAACCGCAGUCGGUCUCUCUGCAGAUUAUGACGCCGAUC